AUGGCUCAAUCUACCGGCACUACAAACACUGGAGACUCCACAACUGGUACUCCAGCGGAAACACCAACCCCAACUCCAACAGAUACACCAACCCCAACUCCAACAGAUACACCAACUCCAACACCACCUCCACCACCCAUUCCUUUCACAGCACAACUCGCUCAGUCCCAUGUAAUCCCUCCCGAGGGGCUGACCUGGUCCACCAAGGACAUCAAAGACAACACGCUUCAUUUGGUUGGCAAGAGAGACACUUUGUUGAUGAUCAAAGCCAAAGAUUCAACUGGCAAUAGGAAACUGGUCCUGGCCAAUCGCGAUCCCAAAGUGGACAUCUAUGUGCCCACUGCCAAUUGGACACCACAGAAGCCGGAGGAGGUGAGCCUGGCAACCAGUAUCACUCUUCGUCCACCAGAUCAACUUCCACCAGUAGAGUCCGGCGAAGACGUUCACCGACACGCAUAG